AUGGCCAACAAUAUAAUAACAAAUUCUCCAAUGUUUCUUAAGAUUGUCCUAGCCAGGGCUCAACAAGUGUCGGCGCAUGUCAUUGCGCUUUCAACUUUGCACCGUGCCUGCUACUCUGCUGCAGCUGUGAAAUCUCCGAGGAAAAUGUCUGGCCUCUUGACCCCUGAGGAACGCAAGCUCAUGUUGGCACCUCUGCUGUCCAAGGGGUGGACGCUGGGCUCAGAGAGGGAUGCUAUUAACAAGGAAUUUUUGUUCAAAGACUUCAAUGAGGCGUUUGGCUUCAUGGCGCGGGUGGCGCUCAAGGCAGAGAAGAUGGACCACCACCCUGAGUGGUUCAACGUGUACAACAAGGUGAAGGUGACCUUGGCAUCGCACGACGUCAGUGGCGUGAGCAAGCGCGACGUUCAGCUGGCCACCUUCAUGGAGGAGGUCGCGGCCAAGUGCGGCUGAGUGCCGUCUGGUCCCCACAAUCGCACCUCGCAGAUCUGUUCUUGAUUCCACUCUCUUAAGGCUGGUGCAUUUAGCACUUGUAUGUUUUCACAAUGAAAUACUGCUAUAUAAAUGUUUUUAUUUCAA